GCUCGGAAGUAUUUUCAUCCGUAAGAAGCUCCAAAGAAGUGUUUUUAGCAUAGGAUGCGGUGGAGCGACAGGUGUCAGUGCAGGACUUGUAACAGCACCAAUGCAUUGGCAAGACCCUGCAAAACAGUACAUGGCAAAGCUAUCGUUGGAUCUAUACAACGACCUUGCGGGCACAUCAAACUUCAGAUUGCAUCGAUGUGGACGUCUCUAUAUGGCCAAAUCAAAAGCGAGUGAGAUAAGUCUACGGAGAAUGUACUCACGAAGAGUGGUGUAUAAUGAAGAGGCCGAGUUAUUGGAUGAUCCAAGUGAAUUGCUCUAUAGAUGGCCACAUUUGCAGACCGAAGAUGUUGGGUUGGCUGUCCUUUCAACAAAUGAUUUAUGUGUUGAUCCAAUCGGACUAUGCCAAGCGUUGGCUGAACGAGCAAGCGAAGCAGCGACAAUAGUGUAUCGUUUACGAGCCGAAAGUUCAGGUGUGAAAAUUUUCGAGCAGUGUGCAGUGAGAGAGGUGAUGACUGGUGAUGAUAAUGAGGUGAUUGCGGUGAGCACGGAUAAGGGUCUUGUGGAGACGAGUCGAUUCGUUGACGCCGGCGGCAUUGUUCGUUCGUUGAGCCAUUGA